UCUUCCGCUGGGUUGUCAGGGCUCGCUGGUCGCUGCGUUGAGGCGGGGUCUUGUGCCUCGUCGCCUGUUAGGGGGCGGACGCCAGGAAACCGACAACAUGAAGGUGAUGGUCCGGGCUGUGCUGCUCGUGCUCUUGUCCACCCCUUUUCUGGCGGUCGUGGAGUCCAUCAGUAUGGGCACUUUUUUUACCGGCCUCUUCCCCAAACUGUUCUGCAAGUUCCAGGAGUGUUGUGAUGACGAGUGGGUGAAACUCAACCUGACAGGUUUGAAGAUGGACUUGGAUAACAAACUAUUUGGACAACAUAUUGCCAAGCAAGUUGUUUUGAAGGCUGUUAAUGGUUUCUUUACAAAUCCAAACCCUAAAAAACCUCUAGUUUUGUCUCUACAUGGUGGGACCGGGACAGGCAAAAACCUAAUUAGUAAAAUAAUAGCUGAGAACAUUUAUACGAAUGGACUGCAGAGUGCAUAUGUUCAUCUGUUUAUCUCCACUUUGCACUUCCCUUACCUUGAAUAUCUCAGCGACUAUAAGGAGCAGCUACAGAAAUGGAUCCGUGGCAAUGUGUCCACGUGUGCCAGGUCCAUGUUCAUUUUUGAUGAAAUGGACAAGAUGCAAGCAGGCCUUAUUGAUGCCAUUAAGCCUUAUUUGGAGCACUAUGAUAACAUUGAUGGAGUGGUGUACCGGAAGGCGAUUUUCAUUUUUCUGAGCAAUGCUGGUGGAGAGAAGAUUACUGAGAUUGCACUGGACUUUUGGCGCAGAGGAAGCAAAAGGGAGGAAAUUCAAUUGAAAGAUCUUGAAAGUAAACUGUCUAUCGGAGUCUUCAAUAACAAAAACAGUUUGAAGAUGGACUUGGAUAACAAACUAUUUGGACAACAUAUUGCCAAGCAAGUUGUUUUGAAGGCUGUAAAUGGUUUCUUCACAAAUCCAAACCCUAAAAAACCUCUAGUUUUGUCUCUACAUGGCUGGACCGGGACCGGCAAAAGCCUAAUUAGUAAAAUAAUAGCUGAGAACAUUUACACAAAUGGAAUGCAGAGUGCAAAUGUUCAUCUCUUUAUCUCCACUGUGCACUUCCUUCACACUAAAUAUCUCAGCGACUAUAAGGAGCAGCUGCAGAAAUGGAUCCGUGGUAAUGUGUCCACGUGUGCCAGGUCCAUGUUCAUUUUUGAUGAAAUGGACAAGAUGCAAACAGGCCUUAUUGAUGCCAUUAAGCCUUAUUUGGAGCACUAUGAUAACAUUGAUGGAGUGGUGUACCGGAAGGCGAUUUUCAUUUUUCUGAGCCAGGCAGGUGGAGCGAGGAUUACUGAGAUUGCACUGGACUUUUGGCGCAGAGGAAUCAAAAGGGAGGAAAUUCAAUUGAAAGAUCUUGAAAGUAAACUGUCUAUCGGGGUCUUCAAUAACAAAGACAGAAUGUGCAAUGAAGAACACUGGAACAAAAUAUGCUCACCAAUUGGAAAUCUGUACAACCAUUGUGGCGGCACAGUGGCGCAGCAGUAAAAUUGCUGCCGUCCAGUGCCAGAGACCUGGGUCCUGACUACGGGUGCUGUGUGUAUGGAGUUUGUACAUCCUCCCUGUGACGGUGUUGGUUUCCUCCCCCAUUCCAAAGAGGUGCGGGUUUGUAGGUUAAUUGGUUUCUGUAAAUUGUCCCUGGUGCGUGGGAUAGAACUGGUGUAUGGGUGAGCGUUGGUCGACGUGGACUGGCUGGGCCGAAAGGACUGUUUCCAUGCUGUAUCUCUAAACUAAACUAAACAUCCUUGUCAAUUUCAUGAAGGCUAUGUUAGACGUUUUUGGACAUUGUGCCUUUGUUUAUCUGUUCAUAUCUUUUUCCACUUCCAUGAGUAUUCUAGUUACCAGUGCACAUCUAUGGCAUUCCUUAUACAGGUUUGACAGGCUCAUGUUGGGAGCUGCAUGCAUCUAAUUCUAUUCUGACAUGCUUGCUGUUUGCAUUUAUGUGCUUUCCAGUAUUGACUACUUGAGGGUAAUCAAAGUGCUGAAAGUUCUUCUGAGGAAGGAUCACUGACUGGAAAUGUUGACU